ACUUAAUCAUGUCCUCCUCCACAUCCCGAACAGGGAGUUGGAAGGUUUAUAAAAAUCCUUCCUAUUCUAUCUUGUAUCCUUCCAAUCCUUAAAUUUGGUUGGCAGAAUCGCCACGCGUAUAAACAGGGAUCCAACUCUAAACACCACAAAUUCAUUACCUUCUACGCGCAUCACAAAAAUCUCUUGUAGCCGAAUUUUUAGCAAAAUGAAGAAAGCGGAGCUGGUGCUUGUACCUUCCCCAGGUAUUGGCCACCUUGCUUCAAUGAUGGAGUUAGCAAAACUCCUUGUUGAUCGUGAUGACAGAGUUUCCAUCACUGUUAUCAUCAUUAGGCUAGCUUUAGACUCCAGAAUCAGCAAGUACACUGAGUCACUCACUGCUUCUUCCAAAUCCACUAAUAUCCAAUUCAUUGACCUACCUAGUGAUAAAACCAACACAUCAAAUGAUCAUCCCUCUAAGUUUGUCACUUCUUUGAUAGAAAGCCAGAAACCCCAUGUCAAAGAAUUUGUUUCCAAGCUCAUAACUCAGUCAGAGUUAAACCCUAAGCCCCCUCGACUUGCAUGCUUUAUUCUUGACAUGUUUUGUACAGGAAUGAUUGAUGUGGCCAAUGAAUUUGGUGUCCCCUCUUAUAUUUACUUCACAUCUAGCGCUGCUUUUCUUGGUUUCCAGUUUCAUAUGCAGGAUCUUCAUGAUAAGCAGGAAGUGGACCUUACUGAAUUAAGGGACGUGGAUGCUGAGUUUGAAAUACCGACUUUGGUGAACCCACUUCCUGUUAAGGUUUUCCCUUCGGUCAUGCUUAGCAAAGACACACUUCCUGUUGUUCUUUACCAUGUAAGAAGGUUUAGAGAAGCUAAGGGUAUUAUUCUCAAUACAUUUGAAGAGGUGGAAUCUCAUGCUGUUAAGUAUCUUUCUAAUGGUGAAAACCCUGCUGUUUAUCCAGUAGGACCGAUUUUGAAUCUCAAGGGUGAUGUCCAUGAUGUGGGUUCAGAUGGAAGCAACAGCUAUAGGGACAUCAUGCUAUGGCUUGAUGAUCAGCCUCCGUCCUCGGUGGUGUUCCUCUGUUUCGGGAGCAUGGGAAGUUUCAGCGUGGAUCAAGUGAAAGAGAUCGCGUGGGCACUAGAACAUAGUGGACAUCGAUUCUUGUGGUCCUUGCGCAAACCUCCAUCAGAGGGAAAGAUCGAUUUCUUAGUUGAUCAUGCAUAUCAACAAGAAGUCUUUCCAGAUGGAUUCUUGGAUCGAACAGCGAAGAUUGGAAAGGUUAUUGGAUGGGCGCCACAAGUGGAUGUCUUGGCUCAUCCUUCCAUCAGAGAAUUUAUAUCACAUUGCGGAUGGAAUUCUAUACUAGAGAGUGUAUGGUUUGGUGUUCCCCUUGCUACAUGGCCGAUGUAUGCAGAACAACAAUUUAAUGCUUUUGAAGUAGUGGUUGAGUUGGGAUUGGCAGUGGAAAUCAAAAUGGAUUAUAGAAGAGAGUUUUUGAUUGGCAAUGAAACAAUUUUGGGUGCUAAGGAAAUUGAGAGAGGAAUAAAAAGUGGCAUGGAGCAUGAUGGCCAUAAAUUGAAAAGGCUGAAAGAAUUGAGUGAAAAGAGUAGAAAAGCUAUGAUGGAAGGUGGAUCUUCAUUCUCCUCAUUGAGUCGUCUGAUUAAAGAUAUGAUCAUUGCUGGAGACAAUGUACAUGUGCCAUGAAACAAUUAAAACCCAAUACUUUAUCAUAUAGUGAUUUCGUGGA